UCCUCCUCUUCCUCCCGCCGCCAUGGCGUCUUCUCUGGCCGAUGUGAGCUGGAAAAUGCUGGAGCUGAGGGCCCGCUCCAAGCGCUCAGUAGUUUAGCCUGGCAACGUUUGUGAUUAGCUGCAAGAGCUUGAAAUGGCCACUUCAAAUACUGGCAGAGCCACCACGUCACACGCAUUCCUGUGGUCGGAUGGCAGAUAUCCUUGCUCUGUAUACGAGCCCAUGAAAAGCAUUAAUCUGCUGAGUCCAGAUGCAGAAAGUCUGUGGGAUAAAUUGGAUCAUUACUAUUGUAUAGUCAAGGCCACGGUGUUAGUUUUCCAAAGUCCGACCACCGGUCUUUUCCCCACAAAAACGUGCAGUGAGAACCAGAGAGCAAAAAUCCACGAUAGUCUUUAUUGUGCUGCCUGCGUCUGGGCCCUGGCCCUAGCCUACAGGUUCAACAAUAUAAGCAAGAUCCCAAGCCCUCCAAAUGCCUGCAUUCCAUUUUCGACGUUCACACAGGUGAUGAGGUCUUUUCUCAUGAGGAAUAUGGACAUCUGCAGAUCAAUGCUGUAUCCCUCUUCCUGCUCUACCUGGUGGAGAUGAUUUCAUCCGGCCUGCAGAUCAUUUACAACACGGAUGAGCUCUGUCGGGUUGGCAAAAGCUGCGCUGGAAGCAAUUAAUGGAUUCAACCUCUUCGGCAAUCAGGGUUGUUCCUGGUCUGUCAUCUUUGUGGAUCUGGAUGCUCAUAAUCGGAAUAGGCAAACACUUUGCUCCUUGCUUCCUCGUGAAUCACGAUCUCACCUCUUUGAUGGCAUUGAAUGCGAAUUUCCGGUGUUUUUUAUUUUUAUGAUGAUUGAUGGGGUCUUCCGAGGUAACCCUGAGCAAGUCAAAGAAUACCAGAACCUUCUGGAUCCUUUAUUACAACAAUCAGCUGAAGGUUAUCCGGUUGUACCUAAAUAUUACCACGUGCCAGCUGAUUUUGUUGAACUGGAAAAGAAAAAUCCGGGCAGCCAGAAAAGGUUUCCUAGCAACCACGGACGGGACGGAAAGUUUUUCCUGUUGGGACAGUCCCUCUAUAUUAUUGCCAAACUUCUCGCUUGCAGGUGUUUCUGAACACAUACGGCAUCCAAACCCAAACACCACAACAAGUUGAACCCAUCCAGAUUUGGCCUCAACAGGAGCUUGUGAAGGCUUAUUUCCAUCUGGGCAUCAACGAAAAAUUGGGACUCUCUGGAAGACCCGACAGGCCAAUCGGUUGUCUUGGAACAUCAAAGAUUUAUCGUAUACUGGGGAAAACGGUGGUUUGCUACCCAAUCAUCUUUGACCUGAGCGAUUUCUACAUGUCGCAGGAUGUCAUGAUGCUGAUUGAUGAUAUUAAGACAUUAAUAUCUGGAGCGGUGGUUGAACAAUUGGAUUUCUUAAGAAUCAGUGACACAGAGGAGCCUCCGGAAUUUAAGAGUUUUGAAGAACUGGAGCUUCCCAGACAUUCAAAAGUCAAGAGGCAAACCAGCACGCCAAACGCAACUGAGUUAGAACAGCAGCCAGAUAUUAAUCACAGCGACUGGAAAAACAAGCCACUGCACGAGAUACUUCAGAAACUGAAUGUGAGUUUCUAAACGCUUGAUCUGUGGUGCGUAAGGAAG